AUGAAGAAUAUCAUAGACGAUGCCGGCGAUAUAUGCAAACGAAGGUUUCGAUUCGACGUCCUCUCGCUUGAUACCGUUGCACUUCACAGACCGAGGCGUGAUGUAGCUGAGAUUAGUGGGUCGAACAAGGGCUGUGUAGCUUCCAAGCUCCACUACCUUCUUGGGGCAAAGAGGAUCGAUCCGAACUCCAGAAUCUCAAACUUUUGGCCAGCUCGAAACGGAAUUGUAGUCUCGACGUCGAAGAAGGCAAUCUCAGACCGAUCCUCUGCCGGAGCUAGACCAUUCAUUGUUAACUGGUUGGAUUUAAUUUGA